UUGCUUCUUUCACUUGCAACUGUGAGCAGACAUCUAUAUUGCUUUAAUAUAUUUUUAUACAAGAACUUCAUACCAUUCCAUUUUUACUAGUUUUAUCUUUCCCUGCCAUUGUCAGCCUUUAUCAAUUUAAAGAUGCCUCACAUGGCUUCUGAGAUUGUUGCCUUUGUUCUGUCUGUGUCCGGCUGGGUUUUGGUUAGCUCCACGCUACCCACUGAUUAUUGGAAGGUCUCUAGUAUUGAUGGCACAGUUAUUACCACUGCAACUUUCUGGUCCAACCUUUGGAAGACAUGUGUUACCGACUCAACGGGGGUGUCCAACUGCAAGGAUUUUCCUUCUAUGUUGGCCUUAGAAGGAUACAUCCAAGCCUGCCGAGGUUUGCUAAUAGCUGCUGUUAGCCUCGGAUUUUUUGGUUCAAUAUUUGCUCUCAUUGGAAUGAAGUGCACCAAGAUUGGAGGCACCGAUGACAUUAAAGCAAAGAUCACCACUUCCUCUGGCUUGCUAUUUAUCUCUAGUGGUCUUUGUGCUAUGUCUGGAGUGUCCCUUUAUGCACACAAAAUAACCUCAGAAUUCUUCGAUCCAUCAUUCCUGGAGCAAAAGUAUGAGCUAGGAGCUGCGCUGUUCAUCGGAUGGGCGGGAUCAUCUCUUAGCGUCAUCGGAGGUGCUAUUCUCUGCCUCUCUUUAAAUGAUACCAUUAAAAAAGACAGACUAAGUUAUCCAUAUAAUGGAGUAAAGUCUGUAAGAUCUGCCCAUACGAGCCACCAAGAUCAGAACAACAACCGCAAUGGACAGAGAGGAAUUCCAAAACACUUUGACAAGAAUGCCUAUGUCUGAUUGAUACGGCUACAAAUAAGACAUUUCCCUUGUCAGAAGUACAGUAUGUCUUACACUAUCCUAGCUUUUCCCAAAGAGAAAAUUAUUUUUUAUAAGAUGUGAAAUCCCAUAUUGACCUCUUUGUGCAACAAUGGUACAUUAAGCCAUUACCUGACAAGGAGCAGCUCUACAUGAAGAGACAAACAUUCAGAAUGCACAAAAUAUCUAAUAUCCUCACUGCUACACAUCUACUUGUUCUGUAUACGGAAGACUAAGAUUAUUUAAUGAAGAUAUCACAAAGCUGUAAAUGGCACCCAGCAUAUGAAUAAAUCAGUAGAUAGGCAACAAUACGCAACUUUAUUAUGAAGAUAAUAAAUUACAUAUCUUCAUUGUGAAUAAUUAAGACAUACACCAGUCAGCCAUAAUAUUGAGUAUAGCAACAACAACUUUGACUGCUUAUAAAGACAUGGAC